CGAGUCGCUACUGUUGCUUUUCUAUUUGUUUACAUUUAGAAAAAGAUCUUGUGACUCUUAUGAUCUUCAUCGACUUUAUGUUAAUCAACAUUUCUCUUUUUCUCUAUUUUUAAUUAUCACAAUUAGUGAACAUUAUCCUAUGUGAUUCAAUUUACAGUUAAUUUCCAGCAACAGGUAAUCAAAAUAAACUAUUACAAUUAAGGAAAAGAGAGUUAAACCAGUUUUGUUGUGGAACAAAAUUAUUAAGGGAGAAGAAGAAAAAGAGAGAUUAUCUUCUUACUCUCUUUUUUUCUUUCUCUCUCCAAGGUUAUCUUCUCUUACUUUUUUCUCUGUCUUCUUCUCAUUUUGACUCAGCUUUGUCCAGUGUUUACAUCUCCCACUCUUUCUGUUGUUAUCAAUUCUCCCUUUCUUACUCUUACUCUUUAUCUUCUCUCUCUCUCUCUCUCACUCACUCAUCUCUUUCAUUUCUCUUUUCCUCUUUUUCAACCCUGUCUUUUUUUCAUCUUACUCAUCUUCUUACUUUUUCUUUGUCUUCUUUUUUUAUUCUUAUUACCUUGAUUGUUAUGAUUACCACCAUCUCUUAAUUAACUGUCAUUUUGUUUUCUACGUUGACGAGCGAUUGUGACACUUCCUUGGUUCGUUUUUUUCUUUUCCGCCAUUUGCAUUUUGCAUUUUCUGUUUUCGUUUUUCUUUUUGUCUCUUCAUCAUCUCUUUUUUUCUGUGCCUCUGUGAAUUAUUUGUUUCCAAGUUUUGUGAACUUUUUUUCAUGAUUCUUCCAUCAUCAUGGCCAUUGGAAUUCGAAUCGAAAAAUGUGACUCAGGUCAACAGCAAUUAUACAUCACUCGUGGUGGAUCUUCCCCUGAGGAAAUCGUCGUACCUUAUGAUGAAACAACCGCCACAGCUCAGGUGCUUUUAACUGAUGCCUUUCGUAGUACCUUUAAUAAUGAAGGUAUUCAACCUCCUCAGGAUUCAUCACUUGAAAUCCUCAAUCAAUACGAGGCCUAUGCUGAACAAAUGAUGGCCACUGUUGGUCAAGACUUAAGACGAAUCGCUGCUCAAUUUGAGGCAUCAAGAGAACGGGAUAUUAUCCGUCGACGAGCGCAAAGUGUCAACAUAAGAAUCGAUUCUUACGAUAGAUUCAGUGCUAUGCUUCGUGAACUAUUUCCCGAUAAUCGCAUAACCCGUGAAGGUAUUGUUGUACUUUUCUACUUCUGCUCGGACAUUGCCCUUCGUGCAUACUCGUCCAGUCCAAUUGUCCACUUUCAUCAACUCAUUGGAUGGACAAUCAAAUUCAUCUUUAAUCAUAUCUGCUCCUGGGUCCGAAGUCAAGGAGGUUGGAACAAAGUGAUCUCAGAUUUUGUCCAAGGAACUGCAGUUACUGUUUGUGCUAUUUUGGGAUCAGUUGCAUUUGCAAUGUACAUUAAACGUAACCUUUGACCUGUUAACAAAAAUCUGGAUAGCCUUUUGAUUCCUCAUCUUCACCCACCAAAACCUCAAUGACUUUUUUUGUUGCUCAAAUGAUGAUUAUCAUCAUCAUCAUUAAAAGUCAUUCAUUUUUUUUUCAUAUGCACUUAUAAAUAUAAUGCACUUUACUGUGUAUAUAUUUUACAUAUGAUUUAUUUAUCAUCUUAUUAACCAAACUUUUGAUUUAUUAUUGAAUAAUAAUAUUUGCAAUAAUCACAAUUAACAAACAGCAGCAAAUGGAGAUCUCAUUGCAACAAUUUCCAAUUGGAUUUAUAUCACUGGAUUAAUUUAAAACUUUCUCAAAGGUUUUUUUUACUAUUCCAUCUUAAUUAUUAAUCAAUUCAUUUAAUCGUCUUAAUCAAACAACAACAAUAAUUUUUGGCUACUGUUCAAAAUUUUCUCCCUCUAAUAUUUAUAUCUCUCUAUUUAUAUAUCUCUUAAUACUGUCCACUGAUUGUACAACAAUUUGCUAAUUGUCCUCUUGUAACCUUUGCAAUUUAAUUGUGAUUGAAAUCAACUUUAAACAAUUGAUUUAACUUCAUUUACAAAUGACAAUCAAUGGUAUUUGUUGUUUGUAAAUGAUUUAACUUAAUUUAAGGAAGUGACCCAAACAAUUUACACUGUUAAUUGUGCAGAGGAUAACUAAUCAUUGUUUUGAUGAUCAUUUGAUUAAUUCAGUUUUUAAUCACUCUUAAAUCACUGCCUAAUCAUUUAGACAUAUUACUUACUUCCUUAUUUGAUUUUCCCCUUGAUUGACUGAUUUUUUCCUGAUCACAAUUAAUUAUAAUCUCACAAUUUAAUCAAAUAUCAAUGAUCUUUUUUUCCCCAAAAUUUUGUUUCGAUCUCACAACAAUCAAAAUUCUUGAUUCUGAUUCUAAUUUUCUGCUUAAUCAUUAUCAUCUUGAUCAUUGAUUACAUUUACUCUUUUGUUAAAUCAUUAAUCAACCCACCACUCAUUUUAAUUGCUCUCUCAACCAACAAUUAACUCAAAUUGCCUACUUUUUAGACCACAAUCAAAGUACCCCAACAAUUAACUUUAUAAUUUAUGUAAAUCCUCUUGUACUUUUAUAUACUAUUAAUUGAUUAACUUUUGUAAUAAUAUCUUGAUUGACAAUUAAACAAUGAUAUUUAUCAACCAUUA